UCGGGGCGGAGUGUGGGCCGGGCGUUGCCGGCCGCUGAUGGCUGCUGCUGAAACGGGCCACUUGAACGUGAAGAAGACAAUUCCCCGAGAUAUCAGGGCAGUGCCCAUGCAGAUGUUUGCAUUUAUACAUAUGUCCUAAGGGUGCCAAGAGGUUUUGCUCUGAGGCGAGCACUUCGACCAUCUCUCCGGGGACCGCCAGUCCUGCAACAAGAUAUCAGCCCGGCCGCGCGGCCGCUAGGCGGCAAGAGCUAUCUGCACCGCGGCUCCAGGCCCCUGCCGCGGUCCCCGCCCCGCACAGCAGGGGGCGGAUGCGAUGGCUCCUCCCUCCGCGGAGCCCUGAUUGACUCCUACCCGGGCCUGCCCUCGGUCGUGCCAGUGGCGGCGGGCUGUGCUGCGGGGGCGGGCGGGCGCCGUCAUGCGAUUUCGGGCUAAGAUCGUUGAUCUCGCCUGCCUCAACCACUUCAGCCGUGUAAUCAACACAAUCGCCAAGUUAGCCAAGACCUGCACCCUGCGCCUUACUGUCGGCAAGCUUUAUUUCAUCCUCUCAGAUAAAGUAGCAAAUGGAGGUGUCACUAUGUGGUGUGAGCUGUGCCAGGGGAAUUUCUUCGAUGAAUUUCAGAUGGAAGGAGUAGCUGCAGAGCACAAUGAAAUCUAUUUAGAGUUGGUGCCAGACAACCUGUCGAGAGCAUUAAAAACUGCCCAGAGUGCUAAGGCAGUGAAGAUCAAGUUGACUAACAAACACUGUCCCUGUCUCAGAGUUGCUGUGGAGCUACCAUCCUUAUCAAGCAGCAGUAGGAUUGUGACACAUGACAUUCCUGUGGGGAUUAUUCCCAGAAAAUUAUGGAAUGACUUCAGAGAGCCCAGUGUGCCAGACUUUGAUGUCAGUAUUUAUCUACCAGUUCUGAAAACAAUGAAGAACAUUGUGGAGAGAAUGAAGAAUCUCAGCAAUUCCAUUGUGAUUGAAGCAAACUUGAGUGGAGAAAUGAACUUGAAAAUAGAAACUGACUUAGUAUCUGUAACAACACAUUUUAAAGACUUGGGAAAUCCUGUUUGGGCAUCAGAGGAUGGAUAUCAAAGUUCUGCUCAAGACAGAGAUCUGGAAAGCAUGGCUGAGGCACGCAUAGACAUCAAGAAACUGCAGCAGUUGCUUGCUGGACAGCAGGUCAAUCCCACAAAAGCAUUGUGCAAUAUUGUAAGUAAAAGAAUUGUCCACUUCAUCUUGCUCCAUGAGGAUGUUUCACUUCAGUAUUAUAUUCCAGCACUUGCCUGAAUGUUUUGGAAUCUUGGUCAUUUUCAAACCUGAGGCCUUUUCCACAAAGUCUGAAAACUUCCGUGAAUUGCUGGAGUACCCUCAUGUGAUAUGCUGUUAGAUGUAGAUAUCAGAUGGACACUAUUUCAACAUUUAUGAAAUUAUGCUAAAUAUCUCCUCAUGCAGAAGGCCAUUUUCAUAACAUUAUAUGUUAUGAAAAACACAGCUGUGGGGAGCUGGCAUUUCUGAGCAUUAUGGAGAGCAAAACUGAAUUUUAUAUGUGCUUUUGGGAUGCUUUGAGCUGUGGGGAAGUCAACAUAGUAUUUCUUUUCUUGUUGGCAAACAUAAAGGUAGAAUUGACCUCUGGAGCUGCUGGUGGGUGUGUUCAGUGUUGUACAAUGCAGCUCCAAGUUAAGGGAUCUCCAAGCAAGCUAUCACACCUCUGUUGAACAGGAGAGCCCUCUGGAGGGUUGACAGAUUGGUAUUUGCCAGCACAGCCCUCCUGAAGUAGUACUGGGUUGACUUCUGCGAUGUAUAUGGACUUGAUCUGUAGCGUGUUGCACAGCGGAAAUGUGUCUGAGACAGAGGAGUUUCCUGUGACUGCCGGCAUGUAGCAGGACGUAACAGAUGCUGACAGCAGCGUAUGUGUGUACCUGGUUGGAUCUUUUGAUCCGACUUGUUCUAACCAUACCUAUGUAGUUCUGUUAGUGCUUGAACUGAUAUGUUUAGCUCUUGGCUUGAGAGGAUGAGAUAAACAGUCUGAAUUCCCUUGUUAAUGUGGGCAGUGAAGGUCUCUGUGUACAGAAUAUCAUAUGAGGACAUGUGUGAAAACAAUAAUUGGUUUGAAAUUAAGGGCAAGUUAUCUGUGGAUCACAUUUUUCCCCUUUCCAGAUGGAAAGCAUUGUACAAUCUGUGUCAUCAUGAUGUCAGACACUGUGAGAUUGCAUUUAAGCUCUGCUGCUGAGCAGCCAAGAGGAUGACUCAGUCUUACCUUGACAGCAGUAUUGCCCCUGCUUACCUCCUGAGGCCUCUUCAUUCCAUGUGUGAUUGUAUUUGUUAUCCAGCCAUGUUGCACGUAGCUUUUGGUGUUCCACAGGUGUUGAAUAUCUUGUGAAAUUUACUGUUCUAGAAACAGAGAGUCUUUGCUGCCAAAGGGAACUGUGAGUUUCUGCUAGAUGGUAAUACUCGUCAUGGUCAGAAGUGUUAGUGGUUGGUUUUUCUGUUUGUUUUUUGUUUUGUUGUUGUGGUGUUUUGUUUUUUUGUUUUGUUUUGUUUUGUUUUUUUUCCAAGGGGCAUUUUGAGGUUAAGGGAACAAUUAAUUUUUCUGUUCUUGCAGAUGUAAAUGGUCAAGAGAAGGCUGAAAGAGAGGCAGUAGCCGGGGAAUGUUAUGCUUCUUUGCCUUCUUUCACCAUUUUUAUCAGACUAGCCAGAAAGCAUAUUCCAAAUCCUGUUACUUUUCAUGGCCAGCUGCAAUUACCCCAAAAUCUGUGUAAGAUGAAAAUAGCUUUGAAAGUUUUGGAUUUUCUCAUUUGAAAAAUGCGUUCUGUCUGGCCUGAUGGAAAUGGAUUUUCUGAUAUAGCCUAAGAACUGGUAAUAAUGGCCUCGCAGCUAUGUGAGCUCUAUGAUUGCUAUUUUUAAAAAGAAAUCAGAAAUUAUAAUUGCAAGAAAAUGUGUUUUGUUUUUGAUUUUUUUUAUAUAAAAAAUAAAAGUGGGAGUAAUGCUGGUA